AUGACAUAAGAAUCAUCUUUUAAAUCGCGAAAUAAAGUUUUGGCAGGUGAGGUUAUGUUCAUUCUAGCACUGCGAGCAGAAUGCGAGAAAGGCGCUAGACUAAAAAAGUGUUUCAAAUGCUCUCAGCGCCACUACAGCGCAAUGGAACGCGAGAGUGGCACCAUGCUAGCGCCACCAAAUUUUUCUACUAGGGCUUGGAAAGAUACUGACGUAGAGUACAUCUCCUUAAAGACAUAACUUAUCUAAGUUUACCAUUUUCUUCCGGAAAACCAAUCCAACUAUUUUAUCCAACCUCUUUUUCCACUACCUUAAAAAUAUUUUCCCAAAAAUCUUAGUGGGGACAAAACAUUAAAAACAGUAACUCCAAGAGCAUAGACAUGCAUUCAUUCAUUCAUAAUUGAGUCUUCAACUUGAAAAAAAGAAGUCUUAUUUCAUUUUAUUCAGUCAUUGACUUGAAAAAUAAGUAGUUCAGUUCGUGUUUAAAAUUUCGUUAGUUUCCAAGUUCAUUUUUUUUAAAUAUACUUCAGUCCAGUAUACACACAGAAAAAUUCAAAUCUUUCAAUUCAGUUCAUACUUUUAAGUUCAAAUUAAAAAAUUACACUUAGUCCUUCAACUAAUCGCUUCAAGCCAAAUUCACCUCAACAAUAGAUAUUAUUCCACGUUCGAGAAACAGUUUUAAAGAGAUUUCGACUGCUAAAUAAAAAAUCAAAGAUAUAACGUGCUACUUAGUGUAGUUACAUUCAUGAUGACUGAAGAAGAUCGGCUUCACUUCUGGAAUGCGAAAAUAACUGAAACGCAGCAUGCUCAGCACUCCGGCUGGUUGGUGACUGGAUACAGUGUCCAAGAUGUCGAAGAUCAAUGCAUCGGUAAAGAAUUUGACUAUGAGCAACUCAAAACUGAUUUCAAAACGUUUUGUACGGAUUUUGAGAAGAUACCGACUACAAAGGAGACAUAUAUGCAGCAGUAUUUAUUUGCUUCGAAGGUGCUGUUUGAUAUCGGUCCAUAUUCAAGACAGUUAAAAAGGAAUAACCCUGAAAAUAAUUGGAGGUUUAAAUUUAAUUGCCAUCCAGUGGUUAAGAAUGACGAUGAUGAACAAUGGGUAGUAUUGUCUGCACAAGCAGCAAGUUUUGAUGUUGAAAACCUCAACAAGGAAGAUGCAAUAAAAUAUCAAACAAUUGCUAGCGAUUUGAGAAGAAGAGAGGAAUUUCUCAAUAAUGAAGCCAUGAAGAUGAAGACCAUAAAGACAGUAAAUGUUUCAACCCACAAGAACUCAACUUAUAACCAUAAGGUUACAAAACAGAACAUGGACUUGUCAGUCAACCAAGCUUCAUUACUUGCUCUGAGUGCAAUUGCAACACUUUCAGAAUUUCUGGAUGAUAAGAAAUUGAUUAGGACACCACUCUCUAAGGCUAUAUUCCCUGAUGAAGGCAUAGAUGACAUAGCUGACAUCUUAAAUACCGACCGUAAAGAAACAGUUCAGGUCCUGAAUGAGAGUUGUGAGAGUAUAGGUCAUUAUCUUGACAAAUCAAAUGGAUCCGUGGCUGUUGUUGCUGCCCUUACCUUAACAAAGAAUACAAAAGAGCAACUGAGAAAUAAUAUUGUCACCAAGGUAGUGAAACAAUACCUGAAAGUCGGAAAAAGUAUCGAAAGAGAAUUGAUCAGGAAACUUGCAGGACUGGCUACAGGUGGUGUAGCUCUUGAAAUGUUAAUGUCUAAAGAUAUUCGAUGAUGCACAGAUCUCAAAGAACAGUGGUCUGUCUGAAGCUGGCGGAGCAAUCG